GCGGGAGGCGGCGGCGCCGGGCGCUGCCAUGCGGGCGGGCGGCGCCGGGGCGCGGGGCGGCUGAGGGCGGCGGCGGGGCCGGCCGCGGGAGCCGCGGGCCGGCGGGAGAGGCCGCAGGGCAUGCCAGCCGCCCGCCCCGAUGUUUCACUGGAGCAAGUGGAAGAAGAGGAUGGGAGCGAGCGCCUCCUCCUCCAAGAGACCCGUCUUCGACGAGCGGGAGGACGUGAACUUUGACCACUUCCAGAUUCUCCGGGCCAUUGGGAAGGGCAGCUUUGGCAAGGUGUGCAUCGUGCAGAAGAGGGACACGGAGAAGAUGUACGCCAUGAAGUACAUGAACAAGCAGCAGUGCAUCGAGAGGGACGAGGUGCGCAACGUGUUCCGGGAGCUGGAGAUCCUGCAGGAGAUCGAGCACGUGUUCCUGGUGAAUCUCUGGUAUUCCUUCCAGGACGAGGAGGACAUGUUCAUGGUGGUGGACCUGCUCCUGGGAGGUGACCUGCGCUACCACCUGCAGCAGAACGUUCAGUUCACUGAGGAGACAGUCAAGCUCUACAUCUGUGAGAUGGCGCUGGCCCUCGACUACCUGCGGAGCCAGCACAUCAUCCACAGAGAUGUAAAACCAGACAACAUCCUCCUCGAUGAACAAGGUCAUGCCCAUUUAACAGAUUUUAAUAUUGCAACAAUCAUUAGGGACGGUGAAAGAGCGACAGCAUUGGCUGGGACAAAGCCAUACAUGGCCCCGGAGAUUUUCCAUUCCUUCCUGAGCGGCGGCACGGGCUAUUCCUUCGAGGUGGACUGGUGGUCUCUGGGAAUCAUGGCCUACGAGCUGCUGCGGGGCUGGAGGCCGUACGACAUCCACUCCAACAACCCCGUGGAGUCUCUGGUGCAGCUCUUCAGCACCGUCAGCGUCCAGUACUCCUCAGCCUGGUCCAAGGAAAUGGUGGCGCUGCUGCGGAAGCUGCUGACAGUGAAUCCCGAGCAUCGCUUCUCCUGCCUGGCGCACAUCCAGGCCUCGGCUCAGCUCUCGGGCGUGGUGUGGAGUGAUGUGAGCGAGAAGCGCGUGGAGCCAGCCUUCGUCCCCAACAAGGGCCGCCUGCACUGCGACCCCACCUUCGAGCUGGAGGAGAUGAUUCUGGAGUCGAGGCCCCUGCACAAGAAGAAGAAGAGGCUCGCAAAGAACAAGUCAAGGGAUAACAGCAAAGACAGCUCCCAGUCUGAAAAUGACUAUCUCCAGGAAUGCCUUGAAGCUAUCCAGCAGGACUUUGUCAUCUUCAACAGAGAGAAGCUAAAGAAGAGCCAAGAGCCGCCGAGCGACUCCGUGUCUGCCUCCGAGACCACGGACGAGGCCGAGGCCGAGCCCCUGCACAUGUGCAGCUCCGUGUGCUCCUCGGGCAGCAGCUAGGCCAGGCCAGGCCGCCCCACCUGCCCUCAGGUGUGCUGAGCACCCGAGCCCGCCCGCUGCCGCCGGACAGCACCGCAGCUCCCCUGAGAGCUGGAGCCAGCCAGAGUUCCCACAGGACUGCCCGGGCCGUGGAUCACCAGCCCAGCUUCCCUGAGAGCUGGAGCCAGCCAGAGUUCCCACAGGACUGCCCGGGCCGUGCAUCACCAGCCCGGCACCAUGGCUGCCUGUCGGGGAAGAUGCGGCCUAUGCAACUUGUCAGGGGAGGAGAUCAACUUAUUCAGUCUUUCUGUUUUAAUGUCAGGUUGCUGACCUACACGUUUUUAAUGCAGUGAGAGGACAGGGAAUGAAGCCAUGUCCUUGGGCCCCAUGGGGAGAGACAAGGAGAAGGGAGCAAGGCCAAAGAGGUGAUGUGAGCUUGACUCUGGCACUCCCUGUUCACAAAUGCUGCUCUGGGGAUGGGCAAUCCCUGUGCAAACCAGAGCAGCCCUGGGGCUCUCUGGCACCAGCUCCUGGGAGUCUCCAGCUGCUUGGGUCCUGCAGCACAAGGAUGUCCCAGGCACCUCCUUGUCCCUGUGUCACCUGUCAGUUCCUUUCCCGAGUCAAGGCAAAUAAAUGUUUUUUGUGUACUACGUGGAUUCAUCAGGGGCUGGGUAAUGGUUCAAUGCAUAUUUGAGAUGCAGAACAUUGAAAAUAUUUCUUCCUUGACGUGGCUGCUGCAGGCAGUGAGGAGCUGUGGGAUGGGUUGGAGGGUCUGCCUCCAUAUGCCCAAGUUCAGAGGACACAGUUUAUCACAGGUGAGGUUUUGUUGGAGGCAGAGCAGGUGGCCUUGCAAGGCUGCUUGGUGAUGAAAGACAGGAAUAUCGUAUUUCACUCUCAAUUUACUUUAUUUCCGGUGUAAAGUACAAGUACUGUAUAUAAUUUGCCAAUACCUGUCUUAACUUCUUAAUAAGACGGGAAAUCUUCCCUUGCUCCAGCCGUGGGUGUUGCCUUUCUUGUUUCAGGGGCCUUCACUGUAUUAGUUGUUGAAGCUGCUGCAGAGGGUGUUUGGUUGCUCACAGUGGCUGAGCCCUGUGAGCCCUGCAGUGCCACACGACUGCUCCAGGUGCGUGGUGGGACCACAGGCACCAUCAAACCACCAGCAGCUGUUUGCUGCCAGACGCUGGCAGGCUGCAGUGCUUGCAUCCCUGCUGGGUAUUCCUAGUGCAGAAAUGGAAGGGAGAUGUUUCUAACAGAUCAGAUUCUGUCAGGACCAGUUUUGCUGCAGUUUCUGCUUCCAUGAACAAACCAGAAAGGCAGAAUGGUACAAAAUGAUCUUCCACAGGCAAGGACAUGGCACGUGUGUCUCCACAGUUUUAUGUGGGAAUCAGUGUGUGGCUGCACUUGUGCACAGAUGUGUUCUCAUGGAAGUCUUUAAAGGUGUGCAGGAGGGGAGCUGAAGCUCUGGGUCCAGUUGCAUGGUUAUUUUCAGGGCAGAACCAGGAGAUGCUGUCAGGCCCAAGGGUUCCUGGUGUCAGCCAUGGGUCCUGCACACCCCGUGCCUCGUUAGGAGCUGUGUUAAUGGUGGCUCAGGGCUGUGGUCAGUCAUUGAGUGAGGGCUGAAAUCACUGUGUCCUCCUGCUCCUUCUCCCAGCUACAGGAGCGUGCCUACCCUGGCUCUGAUCCCAGGCAGUGCUGGGGGAACCUGCCCUCCCUGCCCCAGUAACUUCCAGUCUCUUUGCUGGGUACCAGGGAGGCCUAGUUACCUUUUCUCACCUGUCAGAGCUCACCUUUGUGUGCUGUGCUGAGCAGCCCCUGCUCUCCACACGGGCAGCCUGGUCCUCUCCCCAGAGCUCUGUGCUCACCCUGUGUCUCCAUCCCACAUCUCUCAGCUGGAACACCAGCUCUGUCCUGCCACAGCAGAUGAGGCUCAACCAUGUAUUUAUUCUGGAGUUAUGUAUUACAGGUGAUUUACUCCAGUGGUGUGGGUAGGGCUUUACAGUGAAUUCCACUGCACUAUUUAGAAAGUUCCUAUAAAUAACAGCAAAAAUUUGGACUAUUGGAAUGACGAGGAGCAGUGCUGAUUUUUUGACCAAAACAUCCCACAGAUGAGUGAUGAAGAUACAUCCUAUUCAGCCAGAAGCUCUCAGGCCAGGAGAGGUGUUGGCAGUUCCAGGACGUGUGUAAUUGAUGUUUUCAUCGCUUUCCUUAGGACAAGAGACAAGUGGGCCCUGCAGUGGGGGUUGGUGUGUGUGGGGAGGAGCUGGCUUGCUUCUGAAACGGAGAUUUCUCAGCCCAAGCCCUCUCUCUGUCAGUCACCUGCGCCCCUUGCAGCACUCCUCUUCUCCAGUGCGUUGUGCAGAACAGCUCAGCAGCACCUGGCAGAAACCAGGAGGGCUGCUGGGGGGUGCCAGGGAAUGGCUCCUUGCCAGGGAAAGCACUCUGGGUGGGUCCUGCCACCCCUGGAAUCCAGCAGUGCAUCUCCAGGGAUGUGCUGGGGCACUCUUGAAUCUGAAUCCCUGAGAACAGCAGCAGACACAGAGCUGUGGGGUCACUGUGCUGAGUGGGAGAGACACCGUGGACACAUCAUUCAAGUGCUUGGUUUUGGUCUUCAAUAACCUCACCAGAGCCCACAGGGGACAUUGACAUUGACACCUGUUUGCACUCAGUCCCUGGAGAAGAAAUGGCAUGAAAAGAGCAAUUGGAAAAGGGACAAGUGAUAGGAAACAGCUCAGUGUUAUUGUCAGAACCCCUGUGGAGGGUUUCAGUGCUCUGGGGCCUCCUGCCCCCCUGCCCCACUCUGGGCCCCUCUUGUGUCCCCAUUGCUGUGUCCCUGUACCGAGCCAGUGCCAGCUGAGCCCAGCUGGUCCUGUUGGCCCUACACAUCUUUGUGGCUCCUGCCAGGGCGUUCCCAAGUCCAGCUCACCCUAUCCACAAUGCAGUCCUGGGUGCUGGGUCCUCUCUCCUCCCUGUGCCACUCCCGUGGGUGUUCGCUGGCUGCUGGCCCAGGCUGGGCUGGGGAUGGGGACAAAGGACGGGUGUGGUGCCCGUGUUGGUGCCCUGCUCUGGCUGAGCCCUGGCUGCUGCUGCUGAGCAAACCUCACAGUGAAGUCGUGACAGAGCCCUGCGCCCAUGUCCCAGCUUGGCAGGUGUCACCAACAGCUCUGGGCUGCACCUCCACUACAGCCAGAACACAGGAAUUUUCUGUACAUAAAUAUUUAAAUACCUGUAUUUUUUUGUAUGACAGAUUUAUACAAUGUGUGCCAUUAUCUGCUGUGAAAAGUCUACAGCACCUAUAAAUUAUUCUCCUUUAAUCACUUGCCAUGAGAUUGUUUUCUUAUCUCUGUUGUGUUAUGAAGUUUUGCAAAGUUGCAUAUUUUUAAGUGUUUGCAUUGAAUUCCACAGCCUUCACUGGGAAUUUUGUGCAUAAGACAAAUGGCAGGUCAGGUCCUGAUGUUUCUUCUGUUGCCAAUUCUCUAUUACUCCAGAGCUUGCCAAAAAGAAUCUAAGAGUAAUAAAAUAAUAGCAAAAAUAUUAGUAAUAUGGACUUGACCCUGGACUGAAGUCCUGCUGCCUUGGGAGGAUAUUUUUAAAAAUUAUUUCAGUGCAGAUAUAUGUAAAUAUAUCUUUGUAUUUUAUGUUAAUACAUUCCCGUAAUUUUCUUGCAUGACAAUUUUACCACAUCACAGAAUAUUUAAGUUAUGACAAAGCUGUGUUUUUGCAGAUACCGUCGGAAGCCAUUGCACAUGUGGAGUAAUAAAAGUGUAUUUUUAACAUUGCCAA